AUGGCCAGACAUAAUCACACUCCAGUCUCUACAGUCGAUACAGAUCUACCAUUACCGCCCCCAAAAGACAAUGUUGGCAAAACCAAACUUGCAAUGCCGGUGGUUAGAGAACCGCGGGUAGCGACCUGGUUGAGGAGGACCGUAAACAAACUCGGCUACUGGCAACUGUCUGUUCUUGUUCUCGGAAACAUUGCUAUCCUCUUUGCAGUCGCUAUUCUUUGCUAUCUAUGGAGUUCGGUCAGCAGAAAGAGCGCGGAGGGGACCUCUGUCUGGGAAAUGAUUGUGUUCUCAGGCUGGAUUCUGCGGGUCAUAACUCUUACUUCCAUUAUCAUCCGAACGGCAAUGACGAUGCAGGCGACGGUCUUUUGCAUGGUUCUGGCCUCAAUAACACUACAGCGCGGCGGUGUUCUUAUGCAGAAUGCCGCAGCUGUGUCGAUAUACAGAUUCACAAACUCGGGCCCACAUAACAUGAUACUCCCACUGUUUUUUGCCCAGAGAGGAUGGAAGUCGGAUGUUGCAAUGACUAUGACCGCGCUGCUGUCAUUAACAACAGUAUGCAGUCAAUUCACAUCGACGAUUCUCCUUAUGGAUCUUGGUCAAGCACGGAUUCAGACACCAACAAGGAAGUUCGAUGUAGCUUACGGCGCCAACGAAAACCAGAGUAUGAGUACGGGAGAAUUCUACGUCAGCUCUUAUACUAGCACCUGGACCGAGAGACCGUCAAAUCUACCGGUUUUUGCAGAGAAGACUAGUGAAAAUAUCGUUCUUCAUAACCGGGACAACGACGGUGCUCUAUAUGCAACGGGCUCCACCAUUCGUGCAUUCUUACCGCUCGAAAAGAAAGACCGCGACGCACUCGCCGAAUAUAAAGGGCCAGCGGCGAUUAUGGAUUCAAGAGUUUUCUGCAUGUCUCCUUACGUUCGGGAGCUGAAAUAUAAUGAAGCGGGGUAUAGUAUGGUAAACGAACGUGGCGAUAAUUAUAGUUAUCCCUUUAUUGAAGCAACGGUUGGCAUAGAUACUUUUCUCGAGCACCAAGAUGAACUGUUGUCCAAAGGUUUUCUGACGAGCGGGGUCGAUAAUCCGGCACGAGAUAUCAAAUUUUACUGCAAAACCCCUCUCCUCUUGUCCUAUCCUCCACCGUUCUAUGAAUGGCCACUCUCGCUCUGUUCUCCAGUUUACCCCGGGCUUCAAAGUCUCAAUAGCUCGGGCGAACGCACCUUCAACGAUACGUUCCAAUAUACCUGGGUAGUAUUGAACAUGACAGGCUACGACUGGCUCUGGGCAAAUUCUACCGUUAACGUUGAGAAUUCUACAAUUGAUCUUAAAUCUGGUUACGGCGACAGCGUCGACGGCGAAUGGACGAAGUUCUCGUUUCCCAGCCCAGACGUUGAGACGGCCGAGUCACUAGACAUGAGUUUAAGUCUUUGCUUCAGCGCUGUCACUUCUAGAAACGCCCUCGUCACAGCAAGGGCUAGCUGGAACCUUACCGAGCCGACGCUAAUCAAAGAUGCCGACAAGGUCCGCUACAACUCAACUUUAAUACGAAAGUUCCUCGGCGUCGAAACCGGAACCAAGGAUGACCUUGAUCACGAGAGCCGUCAAAUCGCUGAUCUUGUCAACAUAGAUGAUGAUGACAGUUCACUAUUGGUGACCGAUAAUUGGAUUACGCCUUCCCUGGUUGACGCGUCAUUAAGUCAGUACAAUUUUGCUGCCGCGGCGGCUAUAAUGUGUAUCUGGUGUCAACUCGAUGUGAGUGUUCACGAAGGCUAUAUCAAUAUUUUCGAAAACACCUUAAGAGAAACAUCACAUCCAGCACUAGCCAUCCAAGCACUUUUGACCAGCCGCGCCCUGCAAAUCUACGAAGGCCGCCGAACAGAUCUUACGACCCCCGGUACUGCUCUGUUGAAUGUCAUUGAACCGUUUCAGAUCCCAAUCAGGAUAUCUGGGCUCUCGGCUAUCCUGGCGCUGAUUGCUUUUCAUAUGUUGCUCAUGAUAUAUGUUAUAGUACUGUUCUUCAAAAUAGAGGGACCUACGUCUUUGGGGCAGUCCUGGCAGGCAGUGGCGCAGUUAGAGGGAGAGGAGACAAUAGAGACAAUGGCAUUUGCCAAGAAGGCGACAGAUGUAGAGGUUGAAAGCUGGUUGACGGAAAAGGGUACCCAUAGGGAGAGGAUGGUCAUCAAAAAGGGGACAGUUAUGAGGAAAAGCCUAGGGUCAACAGGAAGCUACGAAUACAGUCGCGCACCGCAUUCUGAUAGCAUGACGUGA